UAUUUUUAAAUAUAAGGCUGUUGUGAUGUUGCAAGCUUUGGCUGAAUUUCACUUCUUUAAUCCAGUAACUGAUAUGAAUGAAGAUUUUAAUAGCGACAAUUGUGAUAAAAAGUCUGGAAGAACAUGGGAGGACAUGUUAAGAAGUUUCCGCAUUUUUUGGGACAGUGGAUUUUUACGAAUUGGAGACCUGGAUGCUAGCGGCUGGUGCAAUAUUGAGCCAAUGGAAUACGAGGAUCACGAUCGAAAAGUUGAUUAUACGAGUUGUGAAAGUGACAAAAUUGAGGGUGAUAAAACGCAAAUUCGUUCUGCGGAAAAUGCAGAGGUUGAGGAUUUGAAAAGGCAGUCUGUUUCGUUUAUAGAAUCUCGUAGACGUUUGGAUAAAUUGCGAGCACGCUAUUAUUGGGAGCCGGUUCGCGUUAAACACGAGGAAGGAAAAGAUUUAUAUGAUUAUGAUUCCCGUUAUGUUUCGUUCGAUGAUAUUCGGCCAAUCCUUUUUCCGAUAGAUAAUGAUGAUAUAGCUCGUGAAUUAAUUUUUAAGUUAUUGCAUUUGUUCGGCAUUUUUGUCCCAGGAGUGACUUUAAAUUCGCAAGGAGAUAUCUUACGAUCUUUUUCUCGAAAACUUUUUCCUUCAUAUAAUCCAAGUACAUUGAAGCUCGAGCGUUUUCCUAAAUUUAUUGCCAAUUUUAUCAAUUUAAUGGCUGAAUCGAAACGAAUGGAUAUGCAUCGGAUUUAUCCAGCUCUUGUAUCAAACAUAUCAAAUUCUUCGCUUUCCCGUGCUGAGAAGUCGAGAAAGCUCAAAAUGCUCGUUCGAUCUUUUCAUAAUGAGAAACGUCAGUCUGGUGAAAAUGUUACUGGAGACAUUGUGCUUCCUGUUUUGAUGGUUAGUUUUGAGGAGCUCAUUUUACUGAAAGAGAACGCUGAUGAUAAUUUUCCUCUUGAAUGUUGUAUUAAAGUACUUUAUGAAAACUUAGACAUGCAUGGGCAAUCGAUCUGGGAAUUCGCUGAUACAAUUCUUUCUACUAAUGAUCCAAUCUUGAGAAGGAGAACUUAUUUAAUUUAUCUUCGCCUUCUUAUUUUUCUUCUUCGCAACUUGCCAUUUUCGGAUGACGAGCAUUGCUACACGAAAGUUAAAAACGUCAAAAUUUCUGGAGCUGCAACUGUGCGAUUACAAACAAAAAAGGAGUUACUUUUGAGCAUUUGGCUUACAGGAAAAAUUUCUCCGAUUGAAGGCCAUUCUACUAAUAUUGAUGCAGCACGCGAAAAGGUCAGACGUAUGCUAUUAAGAGAGGCGCCAAGAGAACUUGAUGACUUGAAAUUUCGGUGGAUUGGAAAUGAAUAUGAAUUUAUUUUUGAAUUGGCAGCAUUGUUCUGUUAUGAAUAUCCAUUCCGUUCAAAUGCUCAACGAUACAAAUUUUUCCAAGAGGAUAAACCUCUUUUUACUUCAUCUUUAGCUAAAUCAUUGAGUGAUUCCGCGGCUGUUCAAGAAGUUCGAGUUGCCGUUUUGAAGCAUAUUACUCAUACUUGUAAAGGUUUAGAAUGUACUCCUCGAAAUUUGAUUCAAUUGGUUGAGAAACAAGUUUUUCGUUUUCCACAUAGUGUUUUUCUUUUGAAGACGCUUUUAGAUGUGAAUAACAGUUUAUAUCAACGAAAGUUUCUUUCAAAGAAUGUUAAUGGAGAUGAAUUAACUCGUCUAAUACGUGAUUGUGGUCGUCUAUAUGUUGAGCGAGCAAAAUUUGCUGAGUUUUUGAGAACAUCUGGUGAAUUUAGUUGGACUUCUAAGGAUGUUACAACGAUGUUUAAACGUUUUAUUGGUAUAUGCAAACAAAUUGCAGAAAAACAUAGUGAUAAUCUAAUUCCUGAUGAUUAUAUUUGGUUCAUUUUGAUGAAGAUAAUGAUUGAUGGGAGAGAAAGCAUUUCUUUUGAAAAAAUUGAUGAGGUAUUUGCGGUUGGUCAAAAACUCUGCCCGUGGAGUAAGGCAUUUCUAUUUGAGGCGGCACGAAACCGACCAGUCUCUGAAAGUUCGUUUUUGACUUCAUUGAAUGGAGCAAUUGGCACACAUGGAUUGAACAAGUAUAUAUUAGAUGCUGAAGUUCGACUUUUAACUACGGAAAAUAUUGUUUGA